GUGGAAUACUGCCGAGUUUUGUCAAUUUUCUCGUCCUCUCUCUCAGAAUGGAUUACAAAGACCGGCAACUACACCAAGGCCCAGCAGGUCCUCUGCCACCACCAAGUUACUCGGAGGCAACGACAACAGAUCCUCUCACAACAGAUGGCUUUGGUGUAUCUCCCAUGACAACAACAUCUAGCCCUGUCGCCUUCAAUGUCUCUGUGUCCCCAAUGGCCAUGACGCCUAUAACCUCGCGAUCGAUCGAGUCAUUUACAUUACCAUCCCUUACCGAAACAGAUCUCGACCCUCGCAACCCUAGCACAAUCGAGGCAUCUCACUCCCCAGGAGCCGACUCCGAUUGCCUUCCGCAAGCUGUCAUACACGAUGCGCCCGAACUUGCUCUCGUGGAAUAUGCGCAUAACCGCGACAAUCUGCCCAUGAUUAGUACAACACCACAAACAAAUAUCGAAUACGCUUCUGGUUUAGAAGUCAUACCCGCUCCUCGAGCAUCCAACACCGUGACACCUCUACAUCUCCUCGGGGACCAACCUGAAGCCAUUGAUUGUCCGUUCUGUUUACGGCGAAGCGAAACAAGAGUGAAGAAGAAGCCUUCCAACACAACUCAUCUACAAGCUGUUGCGUUGCUGAUGACUACGGUCUGUGGAGCAGUCGCUCCAUACAUGGCGAAGUGGUCAUUCGACAUCGAGCACAUCUGCGACAACUGUCAGAACAGGGUGAUGUACAGAGCAAGAGGGAAGGAUAUACGCAUUUGCAAAGCGCCGGCGGAGUGGAAGGAAGAGUCAAAAUACCCUAAUGUUGUUACUAGUGUGAGCCCAUCGACCCAGUGAGGCAAAUGCCGAGGGCAAUAAGAUCCAAGGCACGGGCUGGACUCCGAACUGUGUAUAGCCUUGCGUGCCUUGUAAAUGCCCGCCAUUAACCUUUUCUUCGAUCACCAUCUUUCACAUACCUUGUCAACCCUAUUCAUUGUGG